AAUCGAUAAACUGUCGGGCCAGCAUUUUACGGAUGAGAUGGCUGACGUGAGAAUGUGAAGUUCUGGGCGUCAUUCUUAAGCACUAUCUGUAAUCGUUCGCCUACAAAUCCGUCUUCCUCGUGGUGCGCUUCGCGUUUAUAUAAUAGACGCGCGGACUAGACGUACCGGGGUGUAGGAGCGCUGAAAUAACGAUUCGCGUAAUGCGCUAUGAGCAGCGGCAAAUUGACUCAUAAGAUCAGAUUAUCAAAUCAUUAGGUUACUGGUUUUUGCAAGUUGUAAUACAUACGUUAGCUCAAAGAGUCAGAGCCUUGCCGCCCACGGACAUGUUUUCGAAAGUGCUGCUGCACGCAAUCGUGCGGCGCGUGCUGUUCGCGACGUACACGGUGGCGGGCGUGGGGCUGGCAUGCCGCCUCACGAUGGUGGUGCUGGCGCUGACCGGGCUGCCACAGCCAUGGCCAUCGUGCACUGACCGGCGGCUGCCGGCGGCGGCCCCACAGCAGCUCUCCGCGCAGCAGCUCUCCGCGCAGCAGCCGCCCGCGCACCCGCCGAGGGACGAGGAGCCGAUCAGCCAGUUCCUGGUGGUGCUGGCCGUGUCGUCUCCUGCCUCCGAGGAACGGCGCCGCGUGCUGCGCGACACGUGGUUCCGGUCGUGCUCGCAGGACUUGGACGCCAAGUGCUACUUCGUGGUGGGGCUGGCCGGGCUCGACGAGGAGGACACGCGCCGGCUGCUGGAGGAGCGUGACCUGCACCACGACAUGCUGCUGCUGCCCGACCUCGUUGACACUCCUGCCAACCUCACACUCAAGGUGCUGAAGGCAUUCGUAUGGGCAGAUAAUAAGGCUCUCGCACAAUACGUGAUGAAGUGCAAUGACGACUCGUUUGUCAGGCUGACGCAGAUAAUGAACGAGAUCAAAGAAGGAGACACAGCCCCUUCUGCGGCUUCCAUAUACUGGGGUUUCUUCGAUGGGCAUUCCCCUGUAGAGGCUGUGAGCAAGUGGUGGGACACCGACUGGGUACUGUGUGACUACUACCUCCCGUAUGCCCACGGAGGAGGCUUCGUACUGGGUUCCCGGCUGCUGCGUUACAUCACUCGCAACCAGGAUGAUCUGCUGCUGUACUAUAAAGACGACGUGGCUGUGGGUACGUGGCUGGCCCCCCUGAAGAACGUGCGACGCGUGCACGACCCGCGGUUCGACACUGAGUCGGUGUCCCGCGGCUGCCACAACAGUUACCUCGUGACACACCAGAAGAGCGCCGACGAAAUGGUGGCCAUGUGGCAGCGGCUGCGCUGGGGUUCCAACCAGCCGUGCCCGGACGGGCAGGAGACACGCCACCGCCUCUCUUACAACUACGACUGGACCUCGCCACCCUCCCGCUGCUGCCGCCGGCGCGACCCGUCCGUCCCGUGAAGUGGCAUAGCGGCGCGGGAAGGUCCCGCUUCUACUCGCUGUCUCGUUGUGUCGUAACUCUGUUGUAUGUCUGUAGAGCUGAGGGUGCUGCUCGCAGCUGUGUUUCCUCCGUCUUGCUUCAUCUUGCACAAAGCCGACUCUCUCUAUGUGAAUGCUUGAAAGGUAGCUAACAUUUCACUGGGACUUCUGUGGUUCUCUGUUUACGGUAUAAAUAAUGAGCAGCACUGUACCCCUUUAGGUUUUUUUAAAUUUAUGACAGAGUUCAAAGGCUCGCCUCCAUCGCAGGGUGGCAGAUCAGGUAUUUUGUUUACUGUACGCACAGUGUAUCUUGGCAGUUCUGCAGAGGAUGCUGGGAGUAUGAGCGAACAAUCACCACCUGACACACAGCUUGCUCUAGUUGUUGAACAGAGGUGUGGGACAGAAUGAGCCUUUCCUCCUCCUUGCUGGGCAAGCAGUGUACUAGAUUCGACACUGCAUUCGCUGUGUGUACCACAUUGCCGUACUGCCGAGGUGCACCAAUUCGUCUCCGAGUUGAAAUCGGCAACAGGCAAAAACAGUCCACCGUUUCCUACACUCCCGGACAAGUGGCAGGUUAUACUGUGCGUGUAGUAAGUGUAUUGUCUGAGGGAAUCCACCAGUAUCAAAAUAUAUGCUCUUCCGUACAUCUCCGACGCAUACUUUCACUGUGAGCAGUGCUUUCGAUGAAGUGUACGACAAAUGUGAUACACAGGACUGCAAAUAUUUCAAACUACUUUGAUUCCGUCAGAAACCAUUGCGCACAGCACUGUAGAUUGUAAGGAAGGAGAGGCACACAGCAGUCAGUCACAACCCCAUUAGUUUUUAUUACGAUUGCAAAUCUAGAUCUCAGGUACAAAUAGCCAUCUUCAGUGCAUUUUUGGUACAAUUCAACAGGCCCACAGCAGUGCAUGUCACCGUAUCUUCUUAUAGGUGUGUAGGCAGAAGGACUUGUACAUCUGUAAGAACUUAUAUUCACAUGAACUGCUGCGAGUCUGUCGAAUUGUAAUGAAAAUGCACUGAAGGUGGCUAUUUAUAGCC